AUGGAGCUGGCUCUUCUCACAGAAGGCUGUACUGGUGCUGAUAUAUCCCUAAGCUGCCGUGGAGCAGCCAUUGCAGCUAUAGAGGAGAGCCUUGAUGCCGCAGAAAUAACAAUGGAGCAUCUAAAAACUGCAAUUAAACAAGCGAAGCCAUCUGAAAUUCAGGCUUAUCAAGAGUUGUCAUCAAGGUUUCAGAGACUUGUCCACUCAACUGCUGCAAGAGAUGAUUUGAGCAAUAAACCAUGUCAAAGCAGAUCAAAUUUGAUUCCUUUAUGGUAA